GCUAAGGGGAAAAGUCAUGCUUGCUACCACAAGACCAGCUCCCCAGUAGCCAAGGGGUUGUGGCAAAUGCGUGUGGGAGAAUGAUGGUAGAUUUCAGAGGCAUGCAGGCUGCUGGGGUGAGGGAGGAGAUGUCUGGGAUGGCAGGAAAGGGUCCGGGGGUACCAUGACAAUGGAUAAGGAACCAGUGACAGAGCUCGGGAAAGCAAUCCUGACAGGCAAAAUGGGAGGGGGAGGGGUUGGGGCUAUAGCGGGAGAGCAUUUGCUCUGCCAUCAGAAGGUCCUGAGUUCAACUCCUGGCAUCUCCAGAUACGGCUGGGAAAGACUCUUCCCUGAAAACCUAUAGAGCCACUGCCCGUGUAGGCCAUACUGAGCUAGAUGGACCAAGGGUCUGACUCGGUAUAAGGCAGUUAUGCAGCUAUGAGCAGUAACAUGGGGAGGAGGCUUGAGGGUAGUGGGAAUAUUGCCAUGGGUGUGAUGGGAGGGCCAGCAACACAGGAAAAAGGAGUUGACCGUGUAGGUGGGGACAGUAGUGGAGUUAGGGAUAGAAUGUUGACUAAUGAGAAUGUAUGGCAGGAUCUCUUGACCUGGAAGCAUGGGCUGCAGUUAGUUAGUGUAGUGCACUCUGCACAUGCUCAGGGACAUGCUUAUGCUUUUUAUGUUCCGCAGCUGAGCCCUAACAUUGGAGAUGCAGGUUCCAGUUCAGACAGGUGUUUGUGUACUGUAACCAGAUCCUUGCACCCCUGAAUAGUGCAGAAUGAUGUCUCUGCUUGAUUCUGGAGUGUUCUCUCUUGCCAGUGAAAUUGAAAGGACUGCAGCACAGCUGGCUCAGAAUCGGGUGACCUUUGAAGAUGUGGCUGUGUAUUUCACGGAGAGCCAGGGGUCUCUGCUGGACCCAAAUCAAAAAGCCUUGUACAAAGAUGUCAUGCUGGAGAAUUACGGGAACGUGGCCUCAUUGGGACUUCUAGGCCCCAAACCUGACCUCAUCUCCCAGAUGGAACGAGGAGAAGAACCGUGGGUGGCAGAAUCUCAAGACCUGGGUGAGGUCGAGGUCCCCAGCACCAGCUCAGGUGGCCUUGUGGAAAAGGACUUGUGCCCUCACUGUGGGAAACGUUUUACUAUCAAGCACCAGAGAGUCCUCAUGGGAAAGAGAUCCUUUAGAUGCCUGGCUUGUGGGAAGUGUUUUGCUCAGCAGUUGGACCCUGUAGUGCAACAGGGAAUCUGCACAGAGGAGAGAACCUAUAAAUGUCUUGAGUGUGGAGACUGUUUUGAACAGCACUCAGCCUUCGUAAGCCACUGGACAGUUCACACGGGAGAGGAACCCUACGAAUGCCUGGAAUGUGGGAAAUGCUUUCCUCGGCCCUCAGCCCUUGUGAAGCACUGUCGAAUCCACACUGCAGAGAGACCCUACCCGUGUCUGGAGUGUGGGAAGUGCUUUGCUCAGCAGUCCUACCUUCUGGCCCACCAGAAAAUCCACAUGCGAGAGAAACCCCACAAAUGCUUGCAGUGUGGGGAGUGUUUUGUCGACAACCCAGCCUUCGUGAGGCACCAGAGAGUCCACACGGGAAAGAAAUCCUAUAAAUGCCUGGAGUGUGGGAAAUGUUUUGCUGACAGAUCACAUGUUGUGACUCACCAGAGAGUCCACAAAGGAACGUACCCCUAUAAGUGUCCGGAAUGUGGAGAAUAUUUUGACCAGCACUCUGCCCUGGUCAGCCACUGGAUGGUCCAUACAGGAGAGCAACCCUAUGAAUGCUUGGAGUGUGGGAAGAGCUUUCCUCGGCCCUCGGCCCUUGUGAAACACUGUCGGGUUCACACGGCCCAGAAACCCUACACAUGCUUGGAAUGUGGGAAAUUCUUUGCUCAACAUUCGGGUUUAGUAAAACACAAGCGCACCCAUACUGGAGAGAAACCCUAUGCAUGUUUGGAGUGUGGGAAAUCCUUUGCGGACAGCUCGUCUCUUGCUAGGCACAAAAGGGUUCACACAGGCGAGAAACCCUUUCCCUGUUCAGAGUGUGGGAAAUGUUUUUCGGACAGAUCGAAUGUUUUGGCCCACAAGAGAGUCCACACAGGAGAGAAACCCUACAAAUGCUUGGAGUGUGGGAAAUGUUUUUCCCAUCGGUCACACAUUGUGAAGCACCAGAAAUUCCACAUGAAAGAGAAACUCUCUAAAUGCCCACAACCACUGGGGCUCAUCACAGACGAGCAUCCUCCUAGGACCAUCAAAGAAGAGGUACUCUAAACCCUGGUGCAAGGUGGUUUUCCUCACUGGGUCUUGCUAUAAAUGAUCAAAGGUCAAUACAGUACUUGGAAGCACAACCCAUGUAGGACUUUCGUACUUGGAAUAAGACAAUAUAAUUGCAAUGAUAUGUACAUACUUCUGUUCUUCAAACAAGGUUUCUAGAUCUCUUUAACGAGUAAAAUAAAACAAUACAAACAUCUUCCAAAAUCAAGCAAAUGCGUUCCAGUGUCCCAACACCAUUAUCAAUUUUCUUUUCAAGCGGCUGGCAAAACUUAAGGUUAAAUACAGUAACUACACCUGAAGUGGCAAGCCCAGAGCCACUCAUUUCCCCCUCCCUUUUAGUCUGUCCUGGGAUUGGCUACUUUGGCUGUAGUUACUGUAUUUAAUCUUAAGUGUUGCCAGCUGCUUGAAAUAGAGCAUUGAUAAUGGUGUUUGGAGACUGAAACAUGUUUGCUUGAUUUUGGAAGAUCUGUUGUUUUAUGCAUGAAAAAGGUCUAAAAAACUUCUUUCAUACUUGGUCUGCUUGGAGGUGAUUUAAGUAUUGUAACAAGCCACUCCAGAGCUGGUUGCAUGGAAAGAUGUUGCUGACUUUAAUCUUUCCAGUGUUUUCACCAGCAGUGUCUUAGGCGGGGGGAGGAAAUAAUGAGAAUAAUAUGGUGGUGCUCAGCAUUUCCCUGCCUCCUACAAGCGAUGGCCAAUGAAGGAGAGAAUGUGGGUGGAAAACGCAGCCCAACGGAGUCAUGUUAUGCGUAAAAUGCACUAUCCUAAAUUAAAGGACCUGGGUGAUGAACCAAUUUUUACCUGGUGCCUGUGAGCAGGUGCCAGGUACACAGACCUGGAAGGGCGUUCCAGGGCCAAGGCACUUAUACUGGGUCCUCCUCUGUGUAACCUCAGUAAGUAAGCUUAUUUGAAAAAGGGCCUCUCUGGAUGACCUCGAGGAACAGGCAGGUUUGUACAGGAGCAGGAGAUCCAGGAGUCCCCCUGCUAAUGCCUAGACUUGGCUGAGAUUGCUGAGAACCGGAGCCUAGUUUGACGUCAUUGGUUAAUGUUUUUGCCAUUGAGGCAUGGAUUGUGUGGGCGUGGAUGCCCAGGAGAGUGCAAUAUCCAGCAGUGAUGAAUAAAGCAGCAGGGAAGGUUCUAACUUGCUGCAGGUAGCUGGGGCAGUGGAAAUUGUCCCAGCCAUGGAAACCUAUCAAAGGUGGGGGGGAUUCCCCAUUGGCAACUGCCUGCCUUCACAAGGGGUCAUCCCUUUUAUAAGCACUCAGAUUGACUGACUUAAUUGUGUCCUACCAUGGGUACCGCACUUGCAAACGUAAUCUCUGCCACUCCAUUGGUGAGCAUAAACUUUAUGUAAAUAUGUUUAAAUCAGCCUUGGAAAUAAGUUGGUAACGCUGUAAGUUCCCAAGCAUGCCAGUAUAACUCAUUUCUAGCACAGCAGCAGCCUUAAAAGGAAAAACUAAAAUUUCCUUAUUUGCUCGCUUGGAGGCUUUCCUGACUCUCGACGGAAGACUAGUUUGGUACGAGCCUGAUUUAAAUUGGACGAUGAGUCUGACAUAACUAUGUCUUCCCCUAUAUUGUUGCUUUCUAAUUUUGCUCCUUAUUUGCUUUUUAAAACAUAUAUAGUUCCUACAACUUUGACUCUUUAGAGUUUGUCUUGCAUUUAGUUUUUGCAUUGCAAAAGUUAGCAUGCUACUAAUCUUAUGCCAUUUCUGCUUUGCUCAGUAUUUCAUGUAUUUGCCUAUGCAUUAAAUAACUCGAAAGUUCUCAUUUGUUUUGUAUCUUGCAGCUGCUUCCACCAGCUCCCAUCUGAGUUAAAAUGACCAAUCCUAAACCAAGGAUUUGCACUGUGUCGCUUUAGAAAACAUUAAAACUUUAUUUUACAUGGCACUCCCCAGUGGCUUUUCAUCUAAGGGUCUAGCUCUAGCAAUGCUUCAGCGUCUGAUGCACUUCAUUCAUUCACUGGGACCUGCAUUUUAUUAAGUGUUAACCUAUUCAUACACUGAUUACCCUUCCGGGACUCAGAAGAACAGUAUUUAUGGGGUGUAUACAUUCUGUGGCAGGCUAAGAUUCAAAUGGGGAAAAUGCAGUUCUUUUUGUUCCUUGCAGAAAAUGUUCUGGCAGUCUUCAGCAGUUCCCUUGGCAGCUGAGGUCAAUUGCUCACCCCUUUCAAGUUAUUUUUCUGACAUAAUGCAACCCUUCUCUGUUGAAUGUGCCUUGGUGCCUUUUGGUGUGUUGCCUUGUUCUUCCCACUUGCCAUCCCAUCACACCUCCAGAAAAGGAAAUGGAGGGAGAACUUCAUGAAGAGAGGUGGCCCAAGAAUGAGGACUUUAGAUUACUGAGGACAAUGAGGGCCCAUCGACACUAGAGAGGCACAGAGCAGUCCUGUGCCUGUUUAGUGAGUGGGCAGUGAGUCUCUCUGUGUUGCUCACUCCUUAGGAAGUGUGUUUAGGGUUGCAGCCUUCAACUGGUUUAACUGUAGUUUUGUGAAACUACAAAGGGCUGUAGAGGGAUUAAUUGGAGGCACCUCUAUUCCCCCUCAAAAUUCCCAGAAUGCUUUGGGGGAAAUGCCAGAACAGUUAAACUAGUAUUAAACCUGUUUAUGUAGAAGGACAGCACUUCCCCAUGGCUAGCUACCCUUUAUCCCUCAAUUAUUUUAUUUCUUCUUUCCUGGCAGGAAGAGGGGAGGCAUUGAGCCAUCUUUGUGACGCUCCUUUCUAGGAAGGGGAUACUGUGUGGAGUGGGAGUGGUGGGGAGAACAGUCUCCAGCUGGACAUUUUUUAGUCGUGUUUCACACGGAUAGCAGCUGGAGUCCCUUAGUGAGGGGAGGAGAUCUUGGCGUGAGGAUUUGUUCUCAUACUUGCGAGAACAAACCAUUCAGGAGCCUGGAUGUGAACUGUGUCUGGAGACUGGAUGGAGGAGGGGUCUGUUUAUGUCUGUUUUCAUCCCACCCUUCUGCUAAGAAUCUCAGGGUGGCAUUCAUGGAUGUCUCUCCCUCCCCCCCAGGUAGGUUAGGCUGAGAGAUCGGCCCAUGGUCACCCACUGAACUUUGUGGCUGAGCAGGGAAGGAUUGGAACCCAGGUCUGCCCAGUUCUAGUUCAGAGUUGGCUCCUCUGCUCCAUGCAGAUUCACUUCCUCCUCAAGUGUCUUGUAUGACCUGGGGAUUCUUCUGCCUGCCCACUUUGCCUCCUAGCUCUGUCUACUAUUCCCCAAUGUGUCUUCAGACCGCCUCGGCCGGGCUCCCAUUCUCAUCUGCCUCUGUCUGCUGCUCAGUUUAUAUCCAGGCCCCUGCAAUCUUCAUGACACUCUGGCCAAUCCCCUCCAAGCUUGACUCCUUUAAAACGAUCUGGUUAGUGCCUAGUUUGGCCUGUUAGCCUAUUGGCCAGUUUUCAAUACCUGUUGUGGCAUGAAGGUUGGAACUUAUUUUUCUCUGAAUAGACGAGAUGAAAAUAAAAACCAGCCAGCCUUAUAACCACUCACUUCUAGAAGAGAUUAUAUUCAAUGUGUCAGCCUUUGCUUUAGCAGCACUAAGAGCAGACUCUAGCUUCAUUUGGGGUGUGUCUUCACAUAAACAUGUACUGUUUCCCAGAAAAUACGUUUUUCAGAGGAAGUGGGAACGGUUGGUGCAGACUGCAUAGAUUUAGUUAUUUACAACUGUGUAAUGGAAUAAUCUUGGUCUACCAUGUAGAUGCAAGUUACGCUUUCCCCCCAGGUUUGAUUACCGGUGCCUUGCGGAAUGCUAUUCUUAUAAAUAAACAUAUUUCUGUGGAGAAACA